CUUUAAAAUUGACGAUAUUUUCGUAAAAUUUCCUUUAAAAUUUUCGUUUUGAAAGGUUCUUUAAGGUUUCGAUUGAUUUAUUUUGCUUCAAACUCGCAUAAAACAGUAUAAUAAUAGAGAAAUGAACUAGGUUUAACUAUUCUGUAAUGUAAACGCUGAGCUAUACGAAUUCGAUGAAAUCCAAGAUGGCGGUUUGAGGAAAGUGCCUACACACACAGGUUGUCGAUUUCAUGUGCUGAUCAGGAAAGAGGAAAAUGGCGAGCGAUGAUGAAAAUACUCUUAGGUUUAUAAGUAUUAAUGAGUCGAUGGAGGAAAACCUAUUACGAGCUUUGGAAGCUAGUAAGGAAUACGAUUUGAACAGCGAAUGGAUUUCCGCGAGCAAUUUGGAAAAUAUUGAUUUGGAGAUACAUCGAUCGGUGUACAUUUUGGAGAAUUUUGAAGGACAAAGUUUCGAGUACUUGAAGGAAAGAAAUUGCAGGAUCGUCGGUCCACCGUGUAUAUUAUCGUGUUUACAAACAGAGACUCCGCUGCCAAAUGUCCAGUACCCAGUUUAUUGUGUAGCCAUGCGAGGCAUUGCCAUCAGUUGUACUAGUGUUCCUCGGGAAGAGAGAGAUAGGCUUUACGAUCUUAUCCGGCUGAUGGGAGGGAUUGUUAUGAAAGACUUCACCAGCGCAGUAACUCACCUGGUUGCGGGUGAGGUGGGAUCUAAGAAGUACAAGGUUGCAUGUAGUUUCAAUAAACCAAUUUUAUUACCACAGUGGGUUUACAAAUGCUGGGAGCUUAGUCAGGACGAACAUGUGUGUGCCACAGAUGAACAAUUCAUGGAAUUCAAAUGCCCAACAUUCAAGGGAAUUACUCUCUGUGUGACAGGUAUUGAUGCAGAAAAAAGAAAAGAAAUAAAGAAACUUGUGACACAACAUGGCGGAACGUACUCAGGAGCACUUGAUAUGAACACUUGUACCCAUUUACUUGUCGAUGACCCAAGGGGUGAAAAAUAUGAGUAUGCAAGAAGGUGGAAUCUUCACUGUGUUUGUACACAAUGGUUUUAUGACUCAGUUCAGACAGGCUUGUGUCUGGAUGAGUCAAGCUAUUACACUCAACCUGAUAAAGAAAAUAACAGUUCACAAGCAGGUGCAAGAUUGUCAGGUAGCUUAAUCAAAGGCAGUACUUCUAAAAGUGGCACAGAGAUGAAGGUAUCAAAUAAAGCUGCACAAGCAGCAUACAAGAGUGCACAGAAACAUGGUAACAAAGAUUUGAUCCCUAGUUCCGGAAGAAACAGUAUGCAAUCUAAUCAGUCUAAGGCUUUGGAAAAUGUUUCCAAGAUAGGAGAGACUCACAUUUCUGACCCAGAUGGCUCUGAAUUUGAUGUUAGAGUUCAGCCUGGGAAUAUGUUUCUGGAUGGUUGCAAAAUUUAUUUAAGUGGAUUUUCUGGGCAUAAGUUGGAGAAGCUUAGAAAGAUCAUCAACUCUGGAGGAGGGACAAGAUUCAAUCAGAUCAAUGAGAUUGUAUCGCAUGUUGUUGUUGGAAAUAGAAUCAAUGCAGAUAUUGAUUUGUUGAGAAACUGUGAUUUUCAAGCUUUUGUUGUUAGUGUUCAAUGGAUUUUGGAUUCUGCAAAGGAAGGGAAAAAGCUACCAGAGGAAACUUAUCUUCUCUCAGAUCUAUUACAAAGGGAAGAUCUUUCACUGUCAUGCAAAGAGAACGAGGAUCCUGAUAAAGCCGUUUCAAAAGCAGCAAAAAGUGUGUCUGUUCUUCAGCCAAAUGCAUCAGAGGAAAAUCAUAAGGACACAAAGGCCAAGCCAAAGGAGGAUCAUUGUGAUGGCGAUGAUGAUUAUGAUGAUGUUUUCUUACAAUAUCUGCCUCAGAGUGAAGGGAAAGGCAAUGAACCUGUGCACAACCUUCCUCAAGGAGACACCAGUGCACAGUUCAAAGAGCACAGUAGUCUAAGUGCUGAUCCUGAUGCUACACUUGAUGACGAAGAAGAAGAAGCUUUCCAAGAAGGAUUACUAUCUGGAAAGUACUUCACAGUGGCUGGUUUUUCCAGUGAACAGCUGACACACCUCUGGCAUCUUAUAGAGGGCAAUGGAGGAAAGGCUGUUGCCAGUGGACAAACAGCUGACUAUGCAGUAUUGCCAAUGAACACAGUUCUUGAAGAAGAUUUACAUGCAAAACAGCUAGUUACAUUUUGCUGGUUAGAGAAGAGCUUGGAAUGUGGCCAUCUUUUGGUCCUGGAGAGUGGCUUUCUCUUUAAGCCAUUCAGCAUCCCAGAUGCUGGAAAACCACUCAGUGGAUGUGUUUUGUCAAUCAGUCAGUUUACAGGAGUAGAAAGAGACCACCUGUAUCAACUAGCAGAACUUCUGGGUGCUCAUUGUCAGGAAUACUUUGUUCGUAAAGCAAGUGGGAACUACGAGGCCAGCACACAUCUCUUGUGCCAACAUCCUGAUGGAAACAAAUACAAAGCAGCUAUAAAAUGGAAUAUCCCUGUAGUAAGUAGAGAUUGGCUAUUUGCCUGUGCCUCAGAUGGCACCUUGGUUCCCUUUGACAAGUAUCCUGUCAGCAGUGAUAAAAAAUUGGCAAUGGAUGUCAUCGAUCCUUGCCCACCAGAGGAACUGAGAGUAGACAAUGAGGAUACCAAAGACUCGACUCAACUCUUGAAUUUAAAAACUGACAAAGUUGAACUUCCAAUGGAAACAACUGAUGAUGCAUCUGUCCCUCAUGGACAAAAGGCUAACAGUGGCUCUGGUGGAAGUACUGAAAAGCAGCCUGUGAAGAGGCCAUCUAUGUACUUCCGUCCUUUCAGACCUUCAUUUGACUUGGCUGAUGUGAUGGAGGAGCUGGCUUCACCAGCUUGUCCUAGCCUAAGAGGCAGAAAGAGUCGGGGUAGUAGAAACAGCUUUCCACUGGGUGAUUUAUUUGCAGAGAACAUCAAACAGACUCUUCAAAAACUGGGCCCUGUUGCUCCAAGCGCAAGGGAAAGUGAUGAGGGGAAUGACAAUGAUGAAACUUUUGACAAUGUCCAACAGGAAAGAGAGGAAAAUGGAGAACCUCAACAACAAGGUAUUCUCGUUGGUGUCAUUUUAUCUGUGAGUAAAAAGUUGGCUCAGCAACAAACAGAACUCUUCGCCUUGGCAUCAUCUCUUGGAGCUGAUUAUCGCAGGCUUUACGAUGGAUCAUGCACUCACCUUAUUCACCAGGGUCCAUCCAAUGACAAAACUAAGGAAUAUACACAGGCAAAGGAUCGUGGCAUUCACAUAGUGUCUCCUCAUUGGCUGUACAGUUGUCAAGAAAAAAACGAGCGAGUUGAUGAGACCAUGUAUCCACACACCUUUAAUCCAAAGUUAAGUCUGCCUGUGGUGACAACGGGAAGACGAAUGACAAGAUCAUCUCGAGCUGCAGCAACGGAACAAGAGAUGUCACCACUAAAGAAACGAAAGUCACUCGCAACAAAGAUGAGUGAGUCGAGUGAAACUGAAAAACUGAGCAAGACGGGAAGCGUGCCUGAGGAGUUAGCAAGGGAGGAACAGGCUGUGGAAGGCGAUAUUGCAGAAGAGGUUCAACAAGAUCCUCAAAUGGGACCGGCUACACUUGAGUCUCUAGAGGCCAGAGAAGAUUUUAAACGUCAGCUGGAGGCGAUCAUGGAUGCUACCAAGGUAAAAGGGAGACGAAGAAGCCGGCGUCAUACGUCAUCCAACAACUCAAGCAGCGUUUCCCACAAUUCAACAGGAAAUGUAACAUCUGAGAUGUCUUUGGCCACGAAACGUACAUCAUCAAGGCUGCGAUCACGUGUUGGUUCUAAGUCUAAUGAAGGUGAUAACAGCAAUUCAUCCUCACGGGUCAAGUCCCGUUUGCCAGCAACCGAUGACAGUGAACACUCGCAAAGUGAUACUAUCACUUAUGACGAUCCCGCGGGACGGAUGGAGCGUGAGAAGAUAAUGGCACAGCUCAAGAGGGGCUGCAGCCCCAGCCCUGACACCCACACGGAGGACGAGGAGGAACACAGACCGUGCAGCAAUACAAACACGGAGUCCACAGUCAUGGGGGUCACGCACACCGACGCGAACAACGCAGCUGAACGUCACGUAAGAGAAAUGAACGUAACAAUUAAGUCUGACCCUCCCACACCUGUCACCAGUUCCACACCAGCAGCUCUGCCAAUCGGCCUGCAAAUCAAAGACACCUACAAACCCCAGCCUGUGAAUCUUCUGGACACCACGGCACUUGAUCAAACACAACCACGUGCUCUGUCUACGCCCAAGUUCCAGCUGUCGGUUAUGACGCCUCAGGAGAAGAUAGAUUACUCUGCACUUAUUGAGCAGCUCGGAGGACAAGUGUUUGACACGGUUUAUUUUAAUCCUGAGUGCACGCAUGUGGUUGUUGGUAAACCAAACAGGAAUGAAAAGUACCUUGCUGCAGUGGCCGCUGGGAAGUGGGUUCUGCACAAGUCGUUCUUGGAAGCCAGUCGGGAAGCUGGCUUCUUUAUUGAAGAGUCUCCCCACGAAUGGGGACAGGAAAUCCCUGGAGAACCUCACAAUAAACUUGCUGCUGCUGCUCGACGGUGGAGAGUCAAACUUCGCCAGGAAAGAGCGGCCGCUGCCGAAGCUGGUAAAAGUCCAUCGUCCUGCGGUGCAUUCAAUAGUUGGGUGGUUCUUCUGUGCGUGGACAAGUCACGGCAGCCAGGAUUUAAACGUCUGUUAGAAUCCGGAGGGGCUAAGGUCUCGGGAUGCAGGCCACCGUUCAAGAAUACUAGCGACUUCACGCACGCAUUUGUAGAUUUAGCUAAAACGAAAGUGGAUUCUUCUGACCUGAACGCUCUUCAAAGGGAUAAUGUUUGGUGUUUGAAGCCAGAUUACAUUGCCGAGUAUCUAAUGCAGGAUCCACCACCUCCCCCUCAGAAGUACUUACUCUCAGAACCAGUUAUACCUGGUGAACAAGACAGAUCGGUUCCUGGGCAGUCAAGAAAGAGAAAGGGGGAUGAUCUUACUGGAGGCGAUAAAAGAGUUCGUGUUUAAUUUUAAACGAUGAGAGAUUGUAAGGCGCUCGCUUGAUCUUGUGUUAAAAGCAUUAGUACUACGAUGGCUUGGAGUAUAAAUCAGUAGAGAGUUCUCGCAUCUCCAGGAAGAAGUCAAGACUCGUCCCGAAACAGACUUGCUAAAUUUGGAAGAAGGGGACUUUUACCAACAGAAUUUGUGAACCAAAAAGAUUCUAACCCCUCAAACCCUAAGAGUGACUCUUUACAGUAAUAAUGCUGUUCCAUUCAUUAAGAUCUUGAGGAUAAAGGAAAUGAUCGCCAACCUAAGAAACUUUGAUUCAGUGUUAAACAAAUUCUCUUUGUCAGUACCAAAGGAAAUGUACAGAGAAGAGUAUGGAGAAUAUGGAUACUGAUGUUAGGGUGUAAAGGGUUCAAAGAGGGUCUAUUUUAGCAGGUUUUCCUAAGGUUGUGACCUGUGUCGUUAGCAGUUCUCUUUGCUGAUGUAUUUAACGAUCGAUUUUUUCCACGUUAAGUCCACUUGCUGAGGUAAUUUUUCUCAGUCCAAUGGUGUCAUAGACAUUUCAGAGUGUUCAGAACACGAUGGGAAUGUAGGCUCUGUUAUCGGUUCUUUGCAGAGCCUAAUUCCCUCUCUUGCAUCGUUACUACCCACGUGAUUUGUAGGACGUGAAAAUUGACUGAUUCAAACUACUGGUGUCUUUUCGUUUUCUUUUUAGAGUAAGUGAGGUAAAUAUUUAUGACUUGAGUUAGACUCCUGUGAAAUAACCUCUAGAGAAGUCACCUUUUGGGAAGUCACUUCAUCGCAAUCCUUUGCCAUUCUUACCGUCUGUGGUAUUGUCAAACAAUGCUAAUCAAAUUAAUUGUAACUUAGAGCAUCCCCUAUCAGAAGAUUUAUUUACCUUGAAACGAUUUACGUGCUGGCUCAAAUUUAGGAAAUGGAAUGUGACUGGCUAACUGUCCAGAAGAAUGUUGCGUUUGAGUUAGCAUAUGUUGAUCUGGAGAAAGGCAACGACGUCCUUGAAAGGACAGCGCGAAGGAUGUGUUGAGUGACAUACCAUUUUGAAUUAAAGAUAUUA